UUAAAAUACAAAAAUUAAAUUUACUCAAAAAUAUAAAUUUAUGAAUAUAAUCAAAAUAAUAAAAAAAUAAAAAUCAGAAAAAUAUGUGGGCAAAAUAUGGGUUUGGCUAGCAAAGAGGCAACAAAACAACGCAUUCCAAACGCGGCCUUCAUAGUUCAACCGGCAAAUGAUCAAUUAUACCGGCAAGGGAUGCAUUCAAGCCGUAAAAGGAAGAAGCAAACUCAGCCCCAACGCCGCCCCUCGCCGCGGCGGACAAAUUCCGACCCAACCAGCGCCGGCGCCGGCGGCAAGGAACCUUACCCAUCUCACCCUCGUCCAACGGCCGAAGAAUGCCGGUCCGUGCGACUCGAGCUCUUGGCCCUCCACGGCUUCCCCGAAGAAUUCGCCAAGUACCGCUCCCAAAGACCCGACCUUCUUCCCUUGCCCCUGACCGGCGGCGACCAAUCUCCGUCCGGACCCGAAGGUUCUGGUCCGGCGGAAAGCGUUCUGGACGGGUUGGUCAGCGUCAUACUCUCGCAAAACACCACUGAUUCCAACUCUCAGAGGGCUUUUGCUUCUCUCAAAUCCGCUUUUCCUACUUGGGAAGAUGUUCUUGUUGCUGAAUCAAAAUCUAUAGAAAACGCCAUAAGAUGCGGUGGUUUAGCUCCAACCAAGGCCUCUUGUAUAAAGAAUAUCUUGAGUUGUUUGCUUGAGAAAAGGGGUAAACUGUGCUUGGAGUACCUUCGAGAUUUUUCAGUUGAUCAAAUCAAGGCUGAGCUCUCUCAAUUUAAAGGAAUUGGCCCCAAAACGGUGGCUUGUGUUUUAAUGUUCCAUCUUCAGCAAGAUGAUUUUCCAGUGGAUACGCAUGUUUUUCAGAUUGCGAAGGCUGUUGGUUGGGUACCCGAAGUGGCAGACACAAAGAAGACAUACCUUCAUCUAAAUCAACGGAUUCCAAAUGAACUGAAGUUCGAUCUCAACUGUCUUUUGUUUACACAUGGUAAGCUCUGUAAGAAAUGUACAAAACGAAGCUGUCAGCAAGAAGUAGAAUCAAAUGUCGAUUCCUGCCCUUUAUUAAGUAAUGGGCAUGAUGAUGGUUGUUAUGUGAAAGCAUGUUUCUUCCAGCUAGUUGGGAUUUUACUCGUACAUGGACAUUGGCUUGUUGAGAAAAUGCAGAAUCUCCUUAACCUACAGACAAUCAAUAGCAAUGGUAACAGCAAAAGACGAUUGAACCACCAAGAAAUCAAUCAAAUUCAAGUCUUGGGGCCGCCAUUGAAAGCGUCGCAGCGGGCUCUUACCUCGCCGCGACGGCCAGUCUUCACAUCGAUGAUGCUCAUCUUCUCCAUUGCCCGGGCAAAUGUGUUGAAGAAGGCUGUUUGGUUCUUCGCGUACUUCUCAACAAUCGGUCUUGUUCUUCCAUCCUCCAAGAACUUUUGGUCCGACGACAACAACCCCAGCCCUCGGAGCAAGUUUUGGAAGUACAUGUUGUCGAAAAUCCCUGGUGUGAUUGGGUCAUUGAAGGCUGCCAUGGCUGGGACUUUUGUGUAAUUAGCGCACAUCGUUCUCAAACGCGCUGCAAAAUUAGGGUUGAGCGUAGGGUCGAAUCCUGAUUUGGAGCUGAAGUUGAAGAUCCUGUUGCUAAAUUGACUGCAAUGGGAGAAUCCGAUGGUGUGUCCACCGCCGGUUAACGCCAACAUUUCCUCAAUAGUGAAGCCCUUUUUGGUGAACAUGUUGAUCAUCUGGUUAAUGGUGGUGUUAACCCUAGGCAAGUUACCUGUUAGAAUAAA